UAAGGGAACAGGGGAUCGUCAUCCUCAGGUUGGAGGCGGUGGCACUUACGUUUAGACUUCAGUCGGCACCCGCGACUCAUGCGGUUACGAGAUUCCUUCGUUUGGCAAAUUACACGGGCGAUCGAACGAUCGAUACGAGCGACCGGUCGUUGUUUCUUUAAAUCGGUGUCUUUAAAUUGGUAAGAAGGACAUACCGACGCGAUACUCGUUGAUCGAUCGACCUUGCGGUCUCUCUUAUCAAGCUGGCUGAGUCGUCGUGUCGUAUAAUAUAGAUUGGUUUUAGAGAAGCAAGUCGUAGAGCCGCGUAUACAUACAUACAUGAGAAGUCAGACCGGCUGUUAGAUACGCGCAAAAGGUCGCUGGUCUGGAUGUGCGUCGUCGUCGCGGAUACACGGAUACUCGAGACGCCGCUUUAUCAGCCGCGAUUACACAAGUGCGAUCCGUCGAAUAAGAAAUCCAUAGCCGUGUUGCGAUCUAGGAUAACGUGUUUGGAUUUGCUCACGCACGAUCGACACUUCUAGAAAUCUUACGCGUAUUGUCUCGGAGAGUCGCGGCUAUUCUCCCGAGCUAAAUCGAACAUGGACGAGUCGAUGGAACGUUGAUUUCGAUAAAUGGGCAUCGAUCGUGUUUCGAUCGAAGACGUCGGUGACCAUAUAUAAUCGCAAAAUCGAGGAACGUAUAGGAUCGACGAGCAACGAAACUGUCGAGACGAACGUCGGUCGACGAGGAUGCUCGAUCAAGGAUUUCUGGAUAUCGAAACUGUCGAUGUUAGUUAGUCAAAGAGGAAUUUGAACCCGUGGAGACUGGGGCGCACAAGGAGAUUCGUCGAACGCGACACCACGACGCACGAGACACGGUGUCGCGAAUGUUUCGAAAGUUGUGAUUUUUUCUUGCCGGUAUAAACAGCGACCUCGUCGUAUUCGUUCGUCGUAACCGUUUCCCCUCUCUGAAAUGAAACUGUGACGCAGCCCUCUCUCUUUUCCACGCGCUUCGCAUUCCCGGUCGUUUCCACUUCUUUUCGAGCGACCGCUCCGUUCGACACGUCCUGGACGACAGUUUUAUCGGUCGUCGCAAGGCUAUGCGUUCUCGAAAACCCGACCACCGAGCAACGACGUGUUUAUCUACCUCGUAUAUACUACCAGGCCAUUGGUUCGUCGCCGUUAAAGGGAAGCUCCUCGCUGCUGGUGUAACCGUGCACGCAUACGGAUCCAAGUUCCUAUCGAAGAAAGUUCCAAAGCCAUCGGCAUCUAUGUAUAUUGGAAAGUUAUCGUGGUAAUUACGGCUGUGCUGUGCGGUACGUGUACGUCGUGGUCCGGUCGUCGCUCGUAGCGCCGUACGCCUCGUUCUCGUGCUUCGGACCUUAACCGUCGUCGUAGUACCGACUCCGAGCGCGGAGCAAGAGGGUACUGUCCCGACUGCGGCACAAGGGAACGCGAAUCUCGCUAUCGUCCUGAUCGGAAAUUCACGGCUGUGACGAGGAGGCAUCGCCGACCCGAUCUCCGAUUAUAGAGAGUAGAAAAUUAUCGGGCAGCAUCGCGAAUGGUCGUAGAAACUGUCGCUUGAAUGUACCGAAAGGGAAGAGGAACGUCCGUACGUCGAUCGCGUGUAUCGGUGCGUGUGUAUCCGUGUGCUCGUUAUUUUUCCUUUUUCUCUUUUUCGUUGGCGCGCGUGUUGUACGCAGCGGAGAGCAGCGUGCGCGAGAACGCGUGUGAUCGUCGGGAACAUGGGAGUUCUGUUGGUUUCGGAUGGCACAGCGGCGGUUCAACCUCGUAUGAAUUUGAACGCGGUCAAAGCUGCGGGAGCGCAGCGUGCGAUCGACAUCGCUAACGAGACGAAUAACAAUGUAAACGGACUGAGAGAUGCGAAUGGUCUGAUGCCGACGCAGGUCGUCGGUAUAAUCGACGUGGUCGUCAACGACGAGCCGGUACGCAGCUGGAUGCCGCCCCCGCCCAAGAAAAAAUGGAUACGACAUUAUCUGCUCGAGGAGGAGCCGCUAGAAAAUAAUAGAACGAACGGGAAUCACUCGACAGGUUCCCGAGGGAGUCCCGUGAUCUCAAGCGCGCGAGUAACGCCACCCUCGGCGAACGCAAACGCGGCGCAUCUGGCCGCCGUACACUCUACGUCGCACCACCAUCUCCAUCAUCAUCAGCAGCAGCAGCAGCACCACCAGCAACAGCAGCACCAGCAACAACACCAACAGCAGCACCAACAGCAACACCACCAGCAACAGCAACAGCAGCCGCAGCAGCAACCGCAGCAACAGCCGCAGCAGCAACAGCAGCCGCAACAGCAACAGCAGCAUCACCAUCACCAUCAUCACCAUCACAACAAUCACAACAGCCCGCAUAAUCCUUACGUGGAAAAUCAUAAUACGAAUCACUCGCAGCAGACCGCGGGCAAUCUCGUCGUCGACGUUGAACCCAGCCACGACAAUAAGAAGCAUCGAAACGGACCGUGUGUAAUCCGUUCUGGCACCAGAGAAGUGCAUAACAAAUUGGAGAAAAAUCGAAGGGCGCACCUGAAAGAGUGCUUCGAAUUAUUGAAGAGGCAACUCCCGUCGCAGGAAGAGAAAAAGUCGUCGAACCUUUCGAUUCUUCACGCUGCGAUCAGGCAUAUACAGAUGUUGAGAAGGAAGGAACGAGAUUACGAACACGAAAUGGAAAGGCUUGCUAGGGAAAAAAUUGCUGCCCAGCAAAGAUUACUAGCUCUGAAGAAGGAACUCGCGGCUACUUGGGAUCACAUCGACUUUAAUACUCUUUUACCGGAACAGAAUGCGGCUGCCGAUGUAACGGCCACGAGAAGUAUUUCAGAAAACAUGGAGGUUGAUGUGACGGGGCUCGCACGGGGUGGUACGAGGUACAGUAGUACCAGCAGCCUGAGCAGCGCAGCUACGGCUAGUUCACCGCAGGCGCUUCAAAGUACUAGCGCGACUUCCAGUAUCCACAAUCAGGUUGCCACUGCGGCGGUUGUCUGCCAAGCGCAGGGUAUGAAUCUUGCGCCAAGUUCCAGAGAAAGUCCACCUGCGAGUUCGAGUCCUGGAACGCCUGCACCUAGCAUUCCUACUCCAGCACAGGAGAAAGUUAAUACUUCACCAACGAGUAUAGUGCAGCAGCCGCACCAGUUGCACUUGCCGAUCAGCGCUCAGAUAUUGAACACCAGUCAAGGCUUGCCGACGAUCGUACCGACCCUUCAGCACCUCGGUCCGAGCUUGAGGGUGAUACCCGGUGACACGAGGCAACUUCUGGUCACUCACACCACUGGCAGCAACGAAUCCAGGCCGCUCACGUUGGCCGUGCAAAACUCGCCGGAUCAAUCGAGGCCGCUUAUUGCCGUGCAAUCGAACACUGGAAGUGAGCCAAGGCCCGUAGCGCUGGUCGUUCACUCGUCCACGGCCAACGACAACAGGGUAACGUUUGUGCAUUCUAAUCUGUCCAACAACGACAGGCCGUUGGCCCUAGCCGUGCAGUCGUCCGCCAAUGACGUCAGGCCAGUUACAUUAGUGCAUUCGGCAAACGAGGGGAGGCCGUUAGUUUUCGCUGCGCAUUCUCCUGCACUGAAUGUUACGAAUGCUCAAACGAGGAUACGAGCGGGUGACGCGCAGACCACGCAUAAAAUGGUCGGUGGUGUGACACUGGUAGGUGGAAAUGGAUCGGAGUUGACUAGACUUCCCGGUGGCGCUGAAUUGAACAUACUGCCUGCAAAUGGAUUGACGCUGAGCCAUGCAGGAGUGUCGCUUCAAACCACAACAGGUAAACCAGGCUCGACAGUGAUGCAAAACGCUCCGUCCACAGAGGGUAUAGCUCAUAUCGUUGGCCCGCACACACCUCUCUCCGGCCUGACACCGAUCGUCACGCCGAUGACCGUUGUCUCGCAAGGAAAUCAAGUGACUGCUCAUAUCCUAGCCCCCUCUAGCCUUGCGGGCAAAAUGAUCACGACCCCGAUCCUCAAAUCCGUGGCGCAAAUGCCGAUCGUGAACGCCCAAUAUAUCAACACCACCACUCUGGUGAAGCCUGUAGUUGUCGUCAGUUCACCGUCAACAUCAACACCACAAUCGACGACGGCUUCCAGUACACAACCUUCCUCCACCACGCACUCGACCGUCUGACAGAAUCAAAAGAAAGUGAAACUAGUUUGAGAAAUGGCUCCCGCUGGGUGUACGGAGGCGCGGGGUCGCAGAGAUUACGAUAGAUCGGUGUUUAAUCGACACGUGUCCACGUUCCGUUAUCGUCUAACGCGUUUCGCGUGUAUAGCACCGACUACUAUACACGAUCGAUUCGAUGCUUCAACGAGACACAAGGUCAAAAUGGACGAUCCGGUCAACGGAAGAAGAGACAUAAGAGACGCGAUGAUUCUCUCCGUCGUGGUAUUUCCAACAACGAGGGAGGAUUUCUUAUUUUGUAAAACUUCGCUCGUGUCCCUUCGUGCUUUGGAUUUCAAAUGGUUCUGCUCUUCCAAGGAGUGAGACGACCGAGAGAUGCGAAGGUGUUAAAAAUGCCGUUGCUCAACUCGCGCGAUUGUGCAUGGUACCUUGAAUGCUUCAGAGAAGUACUUA